AUGGCGACUCUGGCCUCAUCACCGCCGGCGUCCCCGUCGUGGCCUAAACGACGGCCUCGGGCUUGGGCCCUCCGGUGCGAACGGUACUGCUGCGCCGCGGCGUCGUACUUUCCCCUGGCGUUUGUGUAUAGUUUGACGACGUGGGCGGUCUACGUGGAGACUAGCGUGGGGUUGAAACCCUCCAAGAGUAUCUGGAUCGGACUGCCGAGAACGAUCGUGGGCGUGCUGCUCUACAUCUUCCUCAACGUCUCGUAUACGGUGGCGGUGUUUACGGACCCUGGGUCGCCCUUGACAACUCGCACGCGCGGCGGCCGCCAGCAGUACAGCGCGUUGCCGGUGGCCGAGCUCCCCGAGUUCACGGCAUACACGGUCAACUCGACCGGCGGGUCGCGGUUCUGCAAGAAAUGUCAGUGUCUGAAGCCGGACCGCGCGCACCACUGCUCGACGUGCAAGCGGUGCGUGCUGAAGAUGGACCACCACUGCCCGUGGCUGGCCACGUGCGUGGGGUUAUACAACUACAAAGCGUUUUUGCUGUUCCUGGUGUAUACGUCGCUGUUCUGCUGGGUGGAUUUUGCCGUGGCGUCAGCGUGGAUCUGGACUGAGGUGCUCAAUGAUACCGGGGACCUGGAUUCGAUCUUGCCGGUGAACGUGGUGCUGCUGGCGAUUCUGGGCGGGAUUAUUGGCUUGGUGCUGACCGGCUUCACGGUCUGGCAUAUCAGCCUUGCGCUCCGCGGCAUGACCACCAUCGAGUGCUUGGAGAAGACCCGGUAUGUGUCGCCGUUGCGGAAGGCGCUGGAUCGUCACCGCCAUGAGCACAGCCGGGGCCACCAUGGGGAGAGUAACGGGGCCAGCCCGGUCUCGGACAGCUUUGGUCAUCGACUACAGGAUUACGGGCAGCGGGUCCUCGAUGCGCAUGCCAAUGCGAUUCCGGGGGUCACUCGCGCCGAGGAAGGCGAGGAGCGGCUCUCCCCGGCACCGGGACAGCCCAGGUACGAGCUGCAGUCGGCUGACCGUCUCACCCCGGCGCAACAGGCGCUGACGCGGUCUUAUGCCGAGAUGGAAAGACAGCGCGAGCACGACAGAUACCAGGACUAUUUGAACGAAGAGGACAACGAGAAGCUGCCGCAUGCGUUUGAUCUGGGGUGGCGCAAGAAUCUACUACAUCUAUUCGGACCUCAACCACUGCUGUGGCUCAUCCCUGUCUGCACGACCACCGGCGAUGGGUGGUACUGGGAACCGAGCAGGGAGUUCUUUGAAGCACAGGAACGCAGGCGCCUGAAGAGAGAACAGGAUACGGCCGACGAGCAGCAAUAUUACCGUGAUCUGUACCAGCGCAACAUGGACAACAGUCGAAGCUGGCUGGGCCCUGACUCUGCGACGCCGACAUGGACGCCAAACCAGCCUCUGGACAGCUUCCGUGACCCGGAACGGCCCACUACGGGGGUGUCGAUGCAGACACUUGCGCCCAUGUCCCCGCGACCCAGACCGGGCGAUAGUGACUUUGAAGACGCUGCUGAUGAGGAUGCCGGCCUUCUCAAUCGAGGCCCGGAGACACUGCCCUCUAGAUCAGUGCCGGUUGCUGAUCGUCGGCGGUCAGACGCAAACGGGCCCGCCGGCCGGUUGCGGAAACCCGACGAGACAGCUCCUGGAGCGCCAAACAGUCGAGAGCAAUCGGAUGAAUGGCGAGACUGGGAUUAA